GCACUACGCCCGUAGACCGCCGGUAUGACAGAUUUCCUAACCUCGAAACUGUCAUUUUUCAGUAAGCUGUAACUUUGGUUCUACUCGAGAGCGACGAUUUUCCUUCUCGCAAUCUUUUUUUACGACCAAAAUAUACGUUUCUACAAAGUUAGAAGGAAAUCGGUGAGGAGGACCCGUCUCCUUCAGUUUUACCAGUCCAACUCCCUCUAGCUCUCCCUUGAAGGGUUUAGCGGGGCCGAUAACCGUCGUUUUCUGAAUAUUUUACAAAAAGAAUACAGCUUUAAUAAGUUGGAUAAUGUAUCGAUUUGAUGCCUUAUGCGAAUGAGCACAGCACCUUGAGUUGUAAUAUUCCACUACGCCAAAAAACUUUACGAGAAGAAACUAGCUGAGAAGGCAGUUUCUGUAUAAAUUCUUCGAUUUUCAAGAGAGAGAGUUAAGUAUUGUAAGAAUGGUAAGGCAUAACAAUCAACUACCGGAUAAUCUUCCGCAACUGCAGAACCUUAUCAAACGUGAUUCAGAAUCCUACAAAGAAGAGUUUCUCCAGCAACAACAGCACUACAAAUCUACUCUAGAAGUCUUUUGCUUGGAACCCACACAGUAUAACAAAAGUCUCGAUGAUUUGGUAAUCUUCCUGGCCCAGGUAGCCCAUUGUUACCCAGAUGAUUUGAAAACAUUUCCUCAAGAGAUUGUUGAUAUAUUACAGACUCAUAAUACCCUAUUAGACAAUGAAAUGCGAAUGACAUUUUGCAAAGCAUUGAUCCAGUUGCGCAACAAAUCCCUUUUAGAACCUACUGCACUCCUCAGUUUAUUUUUUGAACUUUUAAAAUGCCAGGAUAAAGCUUUGAGACAAUUUCUUCAAACACACAUUGUUACAGACAUCAAGAAUAUGAAUGCAAAGCAUAAGAACACUAAAGUCAAUACGGUUUUACAAAAUUUUAUGUUCUCUAUGCUAAAAAGUCCUAAUACUAAAGCUGCAAAGAUGUCCGCCGACAUUAUGAUAGAAUUGUAUAAUAAAAACGUCUGGAAUGAUGUCAAGACUGUUAAUGUUAUAGCAACUGGUUGUUUUUCUAAGAUAACGAAAGUAGUAGUUGCUUGCUUAAAAUUCUUUUUGGGGACUGAUCCGGAAGAAAAGGGCAGUGAUGACAGUGAUUCGGAUGAUGAGCCAAACAUGAAGGAAAUUAUGAUGGCUAAUAAAGUCAAUAAAAAAACAAAGAAGCGAUCCAAACAGUUGCAGAAAGCUAAACAGUUGUAUGUAAAAGCAAAAAAGAAGAGAUCUAAGGCACCACAAUAUAACUUUGCAGCAUUGCACCUAAUCCACGAUCCUCAGGAUUUUGCUGAAAAGCUGUUCAAGCAGUUGAACAAAAAUAAUGACCGAUUUGAAGUUAAGCUAAUGAUUCUCGAUGUUGUUUCUAGACUUAUCGGUUUGCAUAAUUUGUUUCUUUUAAAUUUUUACCCAUACAUACAGAGAUUUCUCCAUCCCCAUCAGCGUGAUGUUACCAAACUUUUACAGUUCAUAGCUCAAGCUUCACAUGAAUUAGUACCACCCGAAACACUGGAAUCCAUCUUAAAGACCUUGGCAAACAAUUUUAUAACGGAAAGAAAUUCUGCGGAUGUGAUAGCUAUCGGCUUAAAUGCCGUACGUGAGAUAUGUACACGAUGCCCAUUGGCAAUGAAUGCAGAUUUAUUUCGCGAUUUAGUAGAAUAUAAGCAUUAUAAGGAGCGCUCUGUAAUGAUGGCAGCACGCUCUUUAAUUGGGACGUUCAGGCGCACAAAUCCUGACUUGUUGUGUAAAAAAGACAAAGGCCGCCCUACAGAAGCCAACGUUAUGAUAAAAGCUCCGAAAUAUGGUGAAAUUCAAGCAAAUGAGUUCGUACCAGGUGCAGAAGUUUUGAUUGAUCGACCUGCCGACAAUACCGAGGAAGCUGAUAAUGAUGAUACUGAUGAAGAUAGUAGAGGCAGUGAUGAUGAAGACGAUGAUGAAUGGGUCGAUGUAAAUCACAGUAGUGAAGAAGAAAUCGAUGAUGAUGAGUCGGUAACCGAUAGAGACGGAACGGCGGAAUCAGAUAGUGAUGAUGAGGAGGAGGAGGAUGUAACGUUAUCCCCUAGCGAGACUAAUGAAGCAGAGAAUAAUUGCAAAACGAAUAGCGAGAAAGGGGAUGCAAACAAAGUUUCACAAAAGCAAGGCGUUUUAACGAAGCAACAAAAGAAAAAACAAAAGUUAGAGAAAAAAAUGAAACUUAAAUUGGAGCAAAAGGAGGAAUUCACGGCUGAGAGAAAAACAAAAGCGUCCGUGAUAUCUGCCGAACGAUUACUUACCGACAAGGAUUUCCGAAAAAUUGAUGUUGCAUUGGCGAAGCAGCAAAUAACGUUUGCUAAGCAUGGCGUUAAAAGGACGCGCGAUCAAGUCGAAAAGGAUCAGAACUCGGGAGAACUGGUAAAACUUAGCGAUAUAGAGAAUAUACAUAAGAAGCGCAGGCACGAUAAAGCUGCUCGAGUGAAGUCUGUAAAGAAGGGACAAGAAGAAAGGGAUAAAUUCGGUUUUAAAGACGGACGAAGAAACCCAAUGUGCAGUAAGACGAAUCGCGAGAAGAGGAAAGGGAAAGCAUUCUCAAUGGUGAAACAGAAAUUAAAAAUGAAGGUGAAACGAUCCUUCAGAGAGAAACAAAUAGCCCUCAAGAAACAUUUGUUACAGCGAAAGAAGAUGAAAUGAUAAUAUUCAAGUUUUAAGUAUAUUUUAAUUAAACAAAUUGUGGCUAAAG